AGCUAUGCAUGCUGCAUCCGCCACACAAAAGCCACAAGCUUGAACCCUUUCCACCGUUGAACUUCCACAAUCGUCACAUAUGGCUUCUCUCUCUUCUCUAUCUCUGACCCACCACCUCCCAAUCUCUACCCCUAAGCUUCCUAGAAGUUGCACGAAACCCACACUCAUACUCUGCAGAGCCACUGCACAGGAACAUCAUUAUUCCCGCCACAAGGCCUCAGUCUCAGAGACCCAGUUAUCGGACUCCGUUCCCUUACCAGAGGGGACCGGUCCGGCUGCUCCGACUCGAGGACAGAGAUUUCUUGAACACCACCAAACCCUCGAGGCCGCGAAGCUCGUGAUCGAAGAGAAUAGGACGUCGAAGAAGAAGGUGAAGAAAGAGAAACCUUUUAAGGUUUCCACGGCGGUGGCCAGUUGUUACGGGUGUGGGGCUCCGCUGCAGACUUCGGAAUCGGAUGCUCCGGGCUAUGUGGCUCUCGAGACCUAUGAGUUGAAGAAGAAACAUCGCCAGCUUCGAACUGUUCUAUGUGGGCGGUGCCGGCUGUUGUCUCACGGGCACAUGAUAACUGCAGUUUGGGGAAACGGAGGUUAUUCUGGCGGAAAACAGUUUGUGACUGCUGAACAACUUAGGGAGAAGCUGUCUCACUUGCGGCAUGAGAAAGCGUUGAUUAUUAAAUUGGUUGAUAUUGUGGACUUCAGUGGCAGCUUUUUGGCUCGUGUGAGAGAUCUUGCAGGUGCAAAUCCAAUAAUAUUAGUUGUGACUAAGGUUGAUCUCCUACCAAAAGGGACUGAUCUUAAUUGUGUUGGUGAUUGGGUAGCAGAGGCCACUACAAAGAAGAAGCUUAACGUUCUGAGCAUCCAUCUGACAAGUUCGAAGUCUUUGGUCGGAAUAGUAGGAGUUGUAUCUGAAAUUCAAAGGGAGAAAAAGGGUCGGGAUGUUUACAUUCUGGGCUCAGCUAAUGUUGGGAAGUCUGCAUUCAUCAAUGCUUUACUCAAAAUGAUGGCACAAAAGGAUCCAGCCGCUGCAGCUGCUCAAAAAUACAAACCAAUACAAUCUGCUGUUCCUGGAACCACCUUAGGUCCAAUUCAAAUUAAUGCUUUCCUAGGAGGAGGGAAACUAUAUGACACCCCUGGAGUUCACCUCCACCAUAGGCAAGCUGCAGUUGUUUGUUCGGAAGAUCUACCUGCCCUUGCUCCUCAAAGUCGGCUGAGGGGUCAAUGUUUUCCUAAUUAUCAGUUAGCCUCUGACAAUGGGACAGCAAGCAAAGUUAAAUCCAAUGGCUUAAAUGGGUUUUCCAUAUUUUGGGGAGGUCUUGUCAGAAUUGAUAUCUUAAAGGUUCUCCCAGAAACAUGCUUGACAUUCUACGGGCCAAAGGCUUUGCAGAUUCAUGUGGUACCCACUGAAAAAGCCAAUGAAUUUUACCAGAAAGAACUUGGAGUUCUGUUAGUGCCUCCAACUGGAAAAGAAAGAGCUGAUGACUGGAGAGGAUUGGAAACAGAGCGCCAGUUGCAUCUAUCAUUUGAAGAAGUGGAAAGGCCUGCUUGUGAUGUGGCUAUAUCAGGUCUAGGAUGGAUUUCGGUUGAACCGGUGAGCAAAUCAAUGCGAAUUUCUCAUCCAAAUUUAGAGGUAACCUCUGGAGAACUGCAUUUAAAUGUUCAUGUCCCCAAGCCAGUCGAAAUUUUUGUUAGGCCUCCAAUGCCAGUGGGCAAGACUGGCGCAGAGUGGUACCAAUAUCCAGAGUUAACAGAGAAGGAAGAAGAAGCAAGACCAAAAUGGCACUUUUGAUGCCAGUGAUUCCAUGAUCUGUGUCUGUGCAUUGAAUUUGCACGUUGUAUGAGUAUUUUUCAUAUUUUUUUAAUGUAAAAGAAUAUUGUAUUAUUUUUCUCAAUAUAGAAUGUGAGCUUGAAAGCUUGUACCAA